AGAGAGAGGAGAGAGCAGUGAGAAGUCUGCCUGCGGAGAGGACAGAGGGAUAAUAAUCAUGUCAGCCUCCUUGAAGCAGCUCCUGUUUCAGAUCCUGCUGCUUCUCAUCUCCUGCAGACACAUCAAUACAAAAUCACCUGGUCCAACACCCCCACCACUGGUCCCCAUCAGUGCCCUACCAAAUGAAGAAAGGAGCAUUUCUCUUAAAGGUGAAAGUCACACGGAGAAAGUACAACUGUUGAAUCCUAUCAAACUGGCACUAGGGUGUAACUGGACCGGUAAUCCGACCAAACCACCAAACAUAACUGGGUUCUGGAUAAAAGAUGGGGAUGAAGUUAAGGACAGCCGUGUCACAGUGCAAUUGGAGGGCGAUCAGUAUAAACUGAAACAAGAGUUCCACAUCGUCAGUGAAGAAAACCUUGGAAGUUACUCAUGCGUGUUUGGAAGUGAAACAGAAGCAAAAAUAGAAUUUGUUUUGGCCGUUCCACAGAUCAGUGAUGUGCGAGAUAAACCGAUAGUCAGCUAUCUGGGGGACUAUGUUGUGAUUACAUGUAAAAUGGACGACACCAAACCGAUACCCAGUACCUGGAACUGGUACAAGGCAAAUGGUACAGACAAGGAUCAGAUCUUCGAUAUUACAGAGCCUCUUCGCUAUGUGAUCAAAAAUGAAGAGAGGAAGACCAAACUUGUGGUUCACAACCUGACGGAGGCAGACGGAGGCCUGUAUUACUGCGGUGCUGUGUACGCCAUCGGCACCGCGAUGAGCCACGUGGAGCUGAAGGUCAUCGGCUUCCUGGAGCCUCUGAAGCCCUUCAUGGCCAUCGUGAUCGAGGUGAUCAUCCUGGUCGCCGCCAUUCUGCUCUACGAGAGAAGUCAGUCCAAGAAAAACUACACACCAGCAAAUGGGACCAUUGACCAAACGAAUACAGCGACUCAGGGAGAAAAUAACGAACCAGAGGAAAGUUCUUCAAUGAGACAGAGGAAAACUUAAAAGAAAUUGCAAAUCCAACAUAUCAAAGCUUUCUCCAAAACUGUUGACAUAUCUUAAUUAUUAUUAUCUCAGCAACUAAUUCUAUAUACGUGUGUUCACAAAAACAAAGGGCAAUAACCAUCACUUAAUAACCGGCAGUGCUGUCAUGGCAGCUAGAAGUGCAAAGUAUUUAUCUUCUGUAUUUAGUCUUGAAACCUGUGUGCACCCACAUCCUGUGGAAGAACGCGUCACACCUCUCAUGAAACGGAAGUGCAUUUUUUGCUUUUUGGUAACAACGGAUUCCUCAUCUUCUCUUUACUUCUGUUUUUUUAUGCUAGUUAUUUAAUUAUGUAAGUUAUGGUGCCUUACAUUCUUUAAAAAAAAGUAAAUCAUUAAUUAUUUUUUUGUCAAUUUUCAGAGUUUGUCCUUGUAGUGUUGUGUGCCUAACAUGCUGUAUAAUGAAAUAAUAGUGUGAAUAUCAAGAUAUUUCAUCAUAUAUGCAAAUGCUUGUGUGUGUUUUGAAUGUUAAUAUAUCAGAAGAGGGUCAGAAAGGUCAUUUUUCAUCCUGUCUGUAGUUGUCAUCCUGCACUUAACCUAACAGGUGCACCGCUGUGUGUUUGUGAACAUGCAAAUUUAAAAAAUACACAAGUCACUGCCUAAAAAUAACUAUCAAAGCCUUUGUGUUAGCCGAUAUGAAGACAGAGCUCACUGAAAAGGGAAUGCCACCCAUUUAACACAUCGAAGUCUGUUCACAGGCCUCUUUGAGAACUAUUGCACAUAAAAAAAAAAGAAGUUGUAAAAAUCCUCAUGUGGCUCCAGAGGGACAAGGAGGACGAAUAUAUGGAAUAAAAGAUAUCUCUGGUUCUGCUGCAUCGAUUUUGAUCCUUUUUCUUAAGUCCAAUGUUACAGGAGUGCAACGCUAAGUCAGUGAAGCACUCUUUC